GUUUUGGUUGGUGCAGCAGCGAGGUUCUUGGCAGGCAGGCCGAGGCUCACAGCCAGUUUGGGUCGCGAACGCCGUGGUGAUCACCUGUGCACCCGCGGCCCUCCUAGGAAGGUUCUCCGACGGGCCUGCCGCAAUUCGCAGUCAAAGUGCACUCCAUCAAGAGACUCGUCAUGCGGCGGAACGUCAAGUUGCUGCUCAUGUUCUCGGUCACAUGGAUGUUCGCGAUCGUCUACUACCUGCAGGUCACCAAGGAUGGCAAGUCCCCGGAGGAAAACAAAGCUCUGCGUCUGAAGGAACCGUCGGCGAUCGCGGCCGAGGAGGCGAACGUGGUCGGGGGCAGCAGCAGCGACCUGCAGUCGCUGGGGCGCGCCCUGCCCGCCGUGUCGCCGGGGGUGGCGCACUCGACGGCCGUGUCGCCGCCGCUGGACCAUCGGCUGACGUGGAAGUACUUUGACGAGCGCGGCUACGUGGAGCGCGGGCGGCUGCACGUGGGCGAGGACCCGUACCACCGGAACAAGUUCAACCAGGCCGAGAGUGACCGGCUGCCCAGCAACAGGGACAUCCCCGACACCAGGCACCAGACAUGCCGCAGAAGGCUGUGGAGGACGGACCUGCCGUCCACCAGCGUCAUCAUCACCUUCCACAACGAGGCGCGCUCCACUUUGCUCCGAACGGUCGUCAGUGUCUUGAAUCGCAGUCCGUUGCACCUGAUCCACGAGAUCAUCCUUGUAGACGAUUUCAGCGAUGACCCAACCGACGGUGAAGAGCUCGCCAAAAUCCAGAAGGUCAAGGUGCUGCGCAACGACAAAAGAGAAGGGCUGAUGCGGUCGCGCGUGAAAGGAGCGGAUGCUGCCACGGCCUCGGUCCUCACAUUCCUCGACAGCCACUGCGAGUGCAACGCCAACUGGCUCGAGCCCCUCUUGGAGCGCGUGGCUGAGGACAACACCAGAGUUGUUUGUCCCAUUAUUGACGUCAUCAGCAUGGAUUCCUUCCAGUACAUCGGAGCGUCUUCUGAUUUACGAGGUGGUUUUGAUUGGAACCUCGUUUUCAAAUGGGAAUACCUGUCGAGCGAAGAAAGGGCCAGGAGGCAAAAGGACCCAAGCACGGCCAUCAGAACACCGAUGAUCGCCGGCGGACUCUUUGUGAUUGACAAAGCGUACUUUGAGAAACUCGGCAAGUACGACAUGGCCAUGGACGUUUGGGGUGGCGAAAACUUAGAAAUUUCCUUCCGAGUGUGGCAGUGCGGUGGCAGCCUGGAAAUAAUCCCGUGCAGCCGCGUUGGCCACGUCUUCCGCAAGCAGCAUCCGUACACCUUCCCUGGGGGCAGCGGCAACGUCUUUGCCAGGAACACGAGACGCGCCGCCGAAGUUUGGAUGGACGACUACAAACAGUUCUACUACGCCGCCGUUCCACUCGCCAAAAACAUCCCCUUCGGAAACUUGCAAAGCAGACUGGAGCUGCGGGAGAGGCUGCAGUGCAAACCGUUCAAGUGGUACCUGGAGAACGUGUACCCCGAGUUAACCGUCCCCGACUCGAUGGACAUCGCGUUCGGCUCGGUCCAGCAAGGCUUCAUGUGCCUCGACACCAUGGGACACUUGCUCGAUGGAACUGUUGGUCUUUUCAGCUGCCACGACAGUGGUGGAAAUCAGGAAUGGGCAUUUACCCAAACCGGGUUGAUCAAGCACCACGACUUGUGUGUCACUUUGGUGCAUUCCGAGCCCGGCUCCUCGUUAAGACUAAGACCUUGCACAAAUUCGUCUCUCCAGAAAUGGCACAGGCCCAGUGAUAGAGGGAUGCUGCGCCACGCUUCCUACAACCUGUGCAUUGACUCGAGAAGUGUCCGAAGUCAGGGUCUGACUGUCGAGCCCUGUGAUCACGAAGCCCAAAGUCAAAGGUGGAAAUUCGCCCUCAACCGGUCGUGAUAAACUUUUGUACUGCGCUGAUUUUUUUUUAGUUGUUGACCAACACACAAACACACAAUUGACACGAGAGAUUAUGCAAAAAGUAUUAGGCUGAGAGAAUACUCUUUAAAUGUUAUGUCCUUUUGAAAAACUGAUUCUUGUUGAAUGGAGAGAAAUUUUUUGAUGUGGUGCGUGAUUGAAAAAAAAGUAAUAAAAAAAUUGUGCGAGUGAGGUUUUGCGUCGUUUUAAGACGCAGGCCCGGUUGACUGCUUGUUGUGAGAAAAUUAAUUGCGACUCGUAAUUUAUCACGCAAGUCACUCUCAUAUUGUGUCUAUAACUCUCUUAUAUUGAAAAAAAGACUUAUUGAUUGAAAAAUUGUUGCGUUUUGUGUAAAUAAUGGAGACAUCACUCUAUGUGCCGAGAGGCAUUUUUUUUUAAUUAAAUCUGCAUCCGCUGCAGAGUUGCAAGACUUCUUGGUUUUAAAAGAAGCCUGUUUAAAAGGGUAAAACUUGAUUGUUUAAAAUUUAAGUCUCAAUGUUAUCUGCGCACGAAAUUGCUUAUAUUUGUUACAAUUAGGGCCAAAUGAUGACAUUCUCAAGCGAAUCACAGACAAUACACGGGGUUAGUUGAUUACGGUUGAUUAAUUUUUCUCGCUCACUUUCAUUUGCACAACUUGGGGCCAAUUAAAUUUCGGCAAGAGAGAUGCUUUCCCCUAUUGUGGCAGGGCACAAUUCCUCAAUUGGCACACAGCCUUGGUUUUUUUUUAAGACAUAAAGUAUUAAAUAUUGGGAACUUUUUAAUAAUCAUGUGCCACUGAAUGUCGUGUGCUCUGAAGUCGGCACACACGGACAAUAAUAAUAAUCGAUUACUCAAGAAUGACGUCUUAUUUUUAGUCAGUAUUCAAAGAAGGAAAAUCAAAUUGUGACGAGAGUAUUAUUGAGAAAAGAGAGAGAAUGUAAUUGUAAGUACUUAAAGAGAGUGAACAAUACACUUUUGUAUUCAGCUUCCUGAUAUGUGAUUCAGUUAAAACAUUCCUCGUGAAAUGAGAUUGACAGUGUCUUUGGGAAAACUACAUCGGGAGGACACUCGCAAUUUGUUAAAAUUUGUACAUAACGGAAAAAAGCAAACACUAUCGAUUCACUGUAAAUGUCUACAGCUAAAUUUAUGACAAUAAAUUCAUUGUAAUUAUACGUAAACUCGUCCAAUU